AUGGCGCAGGGGGAAUCUCCAAAUCGUCCUCGAAAAGGAAGCCGUCAAAACAAUCGUCAGUCUUCUGCCCCUCGUCAAGGUCACCCUCGACAGGGUCACGGCCAGCAGGAGUCUGCUCAACAAUCUACCCACCAUCGACAAGCAUCUGGUGAGAAAAAGCCUCAGACAGGGAGUCACCAGAAGGCAACUUCACAGACUUCAAGUCAUCAAGGUUCCGGUCCGAAAGGCAAUAACCAUCAAAAUGCUGGUUAUCAAAGGCAUCGAGGCCGUCAGGGGCCGAAUAAUCGUCCAUCUAAGCAACAGGCUGCACCUCUACGGAAUGAUCAUACCCAGAACCCGCCUUCAGUUGCCUCCACUCAACAGGAUUGUAGUGAACAAAACUCCGACCAGAAGAACCAUGGACUGAACGCUCAGCCAGAAACCGCUGCUCUGAACACUUUGCAGAGUGGUGAUGAAUUGCAGACGUCCGACCAGAGCAGCUUUGGUCAGCAUGACAAUCAUUCGGAGAAUCCACAGCCAAUUGCCCAACAGAACUCCGAACAAGACGCCAACCAGGACGGCCAGGGACCAAAUGCUCAAGCAGAGACUAUUACUUCAAGCACUUCACAGAAGGACGGUCCAGAUUCCUGUGAAAACAACUCUGUUCGAAACGACUGCGGUCAGCCUAAACACCAGCCUGAUGCUCAAGUCAAUCAGCAGAAUGAUAAUGUCAAGGCCCGCCGACUAACUUCGACAAAAAUGAUUCACAACCUCACCAAAGAAUGGUCCCCUGAAAUCCAUCGCAACUUUCAGCCAUUUACAAUGUUGCCUCCAGACAUUAUACUGGAAAUCAUGGACCAUCUUCACGACCCUGUUGACAAAACCUCGCUGGCCCUCACAACAAAAAGUCUUUGGGUGUGGAUGAAGGAUAAACUGCAUUUGGAGCGUUAUAACCUCCCGCAUGUCCUUCCUGCCCGUGCCACUCUACAGCAUGGCAUGAUCAAACCAUGGCCAUUUUUCAAAUAUCCACGGUGGAAGUUGCUUGAGAGACUAGAGGAUCACAACUGGAAAUGUUGCUCAGGGUGCCUUAUGCUUCAUCCGAAGACGGAAUUCUUUUCAGAAGAGAUAGGGGAGAAUCCUCCGAAGAAGCGUCUUUGUCGAGCACCAGGACUCAUACACAUCUGCCCCCAUAUUGCAUUGACAUACAAGAAAGUUGAAGCACUCAAGAAGGCGUUAGCGGAUUUUGCGGUCGCACGCAAGGAAUCUGGGCGCACCCCUGAAGAUGACAGUCUGAGCGAACGCCUCUAUCAUCACUGUCAUUUCAUGGCAGGACCGCACAAAAUCAUGAUCGGUGCGCAGCCGUUUAUUAGCGGGACGAAGAACGAUCUAUACUUUCGUCAGCGCUAUGUCCUUGAGAUUAAGUCAGAGAAAGUCAGGGACAUUUUGAAGUGGAUUGGAAAAGUAUUCCCGCUUCCAAACUUGUGUCCUCAUCGAGGCAUAGUGACACAUUGUCUGGAUAUGCUGGUCAUGCUGGAGGACGAAAACAGCAGCUGGGACAUUGACAUGAUUUUAGGGAAUGAUGCGAGUUUUUUCAAUUUCGAACACCAUGUUCGCACAUCUUCAAAAGGUUGUCGAAUUGUCUUCGAGAGUAUGAAACGUAUCGGCGCGGGUUAUGAUCUGAAAAAAGGGAAAGCAGGACAUGCGAAUCCACAUCACCUACAAGACUGGGUUGAUAAAACCGAUGUGGCCAAUACUGUCAUUGUUGAAGACUGUGGUCCAGCAUCAUGCAAAUGUCGUUACAACUGCCGGAAGAUACGUUUUGAUCAUAUUCCAUGCCCUUCACAUCGUGCUUCAUUGCCAGAGACAACUUGGAAGAAUGGAGCAAGUAGCUGGGUUUACUCAUUUGGUGAGAUCUGGCCGCCGUUUUAGAUGGUUGAUUAGAACGGUUGAUUGGAGGGAGGUUGACUUUUCAUGUUUUGUUUCCUUAGACAGCUUUUUUUUUUCUUUCCCCUCAGACUUCUGACAUUCCUAGUUCUUUCCUUUUUGCGAGAUAGCUCAUCGAACUCAGUCUUACUUAUCGGUUCUCAACUUUUGCAUGGGCUCAGUUUAGUAUAGCUGCUUAAAUCAAACCCUCU